GGCCUGUAGAUUCCAUCAUGGAGAGCCAAGGUUUGGUCUUCGUCGCACUGUUGCUAGCGGCUCUCGCCCUAGUCCACGCCAAGAUUGAUUAUGAUGAGUACGAAAAGAAAUUCAAUGUGUGUAAGGAAGAAACUAAGGCAGAAGAAACAUUUGAAGAGACCAUCAAGAAUGAGAAAAUACCAACAAGCGACAAAGGAAUGUGUUUGGUGGAGUGUCUUCUAAGAUCACAAGGAGUGUAUGACAGCGAUGGCAAAUACAAGCCUGAGGGCGCGAAGGAAUAUUUCUCCAAAGUGUUCUCUCACCUGCCUGAAAACAUCGAGAAGUCGAUUGCCAUCGCCGAGGAGUGCAGCAAGAUGGACGUGGAAGGGCUAGAUAAAUGUGAAGCAGCUGUUAAACACCUUUCAUGCGCCAAAAUCAAAUCUGCACAGCAAAACAUCAGUCUAAAAGAUUAGACACCGGCACGUGACACUCCGCUGUCAGUAGCAGGGUUAGAAUACUCUUCUCGGAAGAACGUCUUUAUAGUCAUAAUUUAUGUAUUAGUUGUUGAGUAUUUUGUUGAUAAAACAAAACAAACUUAUUGUUUCA